AUGGCUGAUCCAUCAGAACCAUUGUUGUCUCAUCUCGCCGGCACUUCUGGAGUCAGCGACCUAACCAGAGCAGAAGACUUGACUUUCGACAACAUCGUCGAACAGAGUCUAUCAGAUUUCGAGUUCUGGCAAUUUUUUCAGAUAUUCCUCGUUGGACUAGCUUUGCUCUUCGAUGCUCAGCAGAUAUUCAUUACCGUCUACACCGAUGCAUACCCCACGUGGCACUGUCUUAACCACACGUUCUGCGAUCCUUCAGCUUCUGACAUCUGCAAGCUUCCAAGAUCAGCCUGGGAAUGGGACGGUGGCUUCAAGGGCAAAUCCGUCAUUUCAGAAUUCGGCCUCGAGUGCUCGAGCUCAUUACUCAGAGGUAUGCCUACUUCUGCUUUCUACAUCGGUGCCAUCGUUGGAGGAUUCUUUCUAGCUUUAAUCCCAGAUGACUCCUUGGGACGCAAGAGACUACUUUUGUUCUCAACCUUUGCAAUGUCAGUCACUUCAAUCUCUGUUAUCUUCUCAACCAACGUAUGGAUUUACACAUCCCUGAAGUUUAUCAUCGGAUUCGCGCGAUCGCAGACAUGGUCAUACGCGCUGGUUCUCAUCAGUGAGCGAGUCUCCACAAGAUGGAGACCGAGAGCUACGAUGAUUCCAUUUACCCUGUUCGUUUUAGGGUUUAUGUCCUUGUCCGGAAUCGCUUACCUUGCUCAACACUCUUCAUGGAGGUUUCUCUAUCUAUACACAGCCGUUCCCGCGACAUGCUACUGUAUCUUCCUCUACAUUUUCGCACUUGAAUCACCUCGGUGGCUUCACAUGCAAGGAAACGACGCAGAAGCCAUUGAUGUUCUCAAAAGGAUGUCACCGAAGAACAGAGCCUACUUGGAAUCAGCGGUUUCUAAGUUACCCCUCGAGCAAGAAACCUGUGAACAAGUGCCAAGUUACUCGAUUAAGGACUUCUUCUUCCGAAAGUGGGCUUUUCGGAGGAUUGUAGUUGUUAUGGUCAUUAUGUUUGGGUUGGGAAUAUCAUAUUACGGAGUUCCUUUAGCGGCUAGAGACAUAGACGUCAACAUCUACUUGAGCGAAACCCUAAACGCAUUGGUGGAGUUGCCUACUUUCGUCAUCACUCCGAUAUUAUUGGAGAGAUUCAACAGAAGAAGCUCUGUUCUAGUGAAUACUCUACUCGGUGGAGCAUCGGGAAUGCUCUGUUUCGUUCUCAGCGUUCUCGGGAAAACAGGGAUCGCGUUUGCGUUUGAGCUGGGGACAUUCUUCUGUGCAAGGAUCGGAUUCAACCUAAUGGCGGUUUAUAUGGUUGAAAUGUUUCCGACUUGUGUGAGAAGUUCCGCAACAAUGAUGUUUAGACAGGCUCUCGUUGUUGGAGGAGCUUGUUGUCCGCUAAUUGCUUCGAUUGGAAGACAAGUACCAUCAGUGUCAUUCGCAAUUUUCGGAGUUGCAAUGUCCGGUUUGGGAUUGUUCGUUUUGAUUCUACCCGAGACAAAAGGUUCGAGUCUCUGCGAUACAAUGGAAGAACAAGAAAAGAGAGAUCAAGCCACAAACACUAGCCACUGUUGCUGA